GGCUGGCCUGGACCGGUUGAUUGUAGUGCUGCGCAUUCUACGGCCGCUAAACUUCCCUUCAUUUUUUUCUUCUUUUGAGUCUCGUUGUCACAAUGUUCGGAAAGACACGUAUCCCGUCUUACACUCCGUCGGCGAGCGACGUGGUGCGCCGCCAGUACAUCGAGGAUGAGAAUGGUCGUUACGUAUGGUUUUGGUAUACUCGAACAGGCGUGAUUGUUAAAUGGUCACUGUUCCUGGGUAUCUUGCUCCUACUGAUGCUAUACCUCAUCCUCGGCCGCAUGCACGCCAGGAAGCUCAUCCGACAAGGCAGGAAACCAAUGGCCUACCACGGCUGGCUGCUUUCCCGCCAAGAGAGAGGCAUCGUCGACCCGCAAUAUGCUUGGCCACAAGCUUCUUACACAACCUACCCACAGGGACCGGGUUACGGAGCCCCUAACUAUGGCAUGCACCACAUGCCCCCGCCCGUCUACGACCCUAACAACCGACCCCCGAUGUAUGAGGGGGGCCAGCCGCCGAUGGGAAGCACAAAGAUCGAUCCUAUGCAGACUGGUGUAGAACCGAUGCGACAACCCGCUGGCGAUGAUUAUGCGCCGCCUCUCGGACCGCCACCAUCUGCUGCGCAGAGAUAGACAGUUGAUCAGGGGCGGAUUAAGGACGGACGAGGACACGGGUGGUAAUGCUACUUAAUGUUGGGAUGGGGGAAAGGAUUGCAUGGAGGACUUGUCUAAAUUCAUACCCAAGCUUGCAGUACGUAGCAAGAAGCAGAACUAAAUACGACGGUUUGUACGAUUUGUGUACAGGAUAAUAAUCUCA